CCGAGAGGUCCGCUAGCGGAAGGGGGUACGAGAGCGGCGAGCGGUGUCUGGUGCACAGCUGUAUGCGAGUCCGCCAGCCGGCGAGCUGCUACUGCGUACAAUCGCAGACGCGGUGCUGACUCCUCGCGUCCAGUUGCAGAACCAAGCGCCGCUCUGAAGCAAUGAGUCACGCGCAAAGACAAUGACGUGCUCGAGCGGCAGCACGGCGGCGGUGUCGCGGCUGGCGGUGGCCUGGGGCCUGCUGGCGCUGGCCACGGUGCUCACCGCCUUCGUCACCAGCGGCUGGCUCUGGACCUGGGAGCCGCUCAACUCGGCCGCCACGGCCACCGUCACCUUCCGCAUCGGCCUCUGGCACGUCUGCCCCACUGUCUGGCGCGACAACUCCUCGCAGCCGGUGGCGUCGCCGGCGUGCUCGCUCGUUAAGUAUUCGUCUUGGGACGAGGUGAAGCACUCCGACCUGGGCUUGUGGGCGCCGCUACACUUCACGCCCAUCUUCGUCACGCGCAUGAGGCUUUCAAUGCCGUUUGAAGCUGUGGGUCUGCUACUCAUCCUAAUCGCCACGUUGUUCGCCGUGAUGGGACACUGCAGCUGUGACCACAAGAUGCUCAUCGCAUGUGGACUCUACAUCCUCGGAGGUCUGUCGCUGGGCGGGGGCCUGGUGGUGUUCGCGUCGGUGCUGAGCGACGCCUACCUGGAGCGCCCCCGCGGCACGCAGCAGGCGGCGCUGUUCGACUACCGCUACGGCUGGUCGUUCUUCGUGGCGUGCGCGUCCUUCCUGAUGUCGGAGCUGGCGGCGCUGCUGUCGGUGACGGCCUACCUGCGCCGCUUCCCGUCCGUGGAGGAGAUGGUGAGCGCCGCGGUGCCCGGCGCCGAGCGGCUGGUGCGCAACCUGUGGACGAGCCCGCGCGGCCUGUACGCCAAGCGGCCGCUGCUGCUGCCCGCCCUGCAGCAGCAGUUCGGAGGACAGUCGUUCCGGCCCGGCCGCUACGAGACGCUGCGGCCGCCCGCCAAGAAGAAGGCGGUGAACUGCACAUGUACACGACUAUCUGAAGCCUUGCAGGAAUACAGCUGGGCUACGAGCAAGUGGAGCAAUGGAUAG